UAGGAUUCAAAUCAGCUAGGUUUUUUUCACAUAAAUAAACCCCCAGUUUAUUCUUGUAAUUCAGAGUCUAGGUGUAUUCGAUUGAGAUUUUACCGGGCACCAUGUCAGUGAUGAGUUUGAGUGCUCUGCCUUCUGCAGCAAGUGCUUAUGCCGCAUACGCAUCAAUUUCCUCAUCGUUCAUGCUUCUGAAGACUACUUAUCAUCAAAUAGUCCCAUAUGAAGUUCAUGAUUAUUUAAUCUCAGCCGUUUCUCGCAUCUUCAAGAAACAGGCCACAGAGGAAAAUUCUUCGUUUAUUCUAAUAAUCGAAAAGCUGGACGAAUAUGAGUAUCCAAAUGGUUUAUUUGAGUCCUUCGAGAUUUACAUGGCAGAUAGAGCUACUUCAGUGACCAAUUGCCUCAAGAUUUUACAGACAAGCAUGAAAAGCAAACACCUCACUACCAAAAUAGCCCGAGAAGAAACCUUAACUGAAUUUUACCAGGGUAUUGAGAUUACAUGCAAAUUCCUUUUCCGUGACAACAAAGCAGAGGAGAAAAAUAAUCCGCGGGUCUUGAGUGAUGAUGAUCCGCGGGUCUUGAGUCGUGGUAAGCAGUGGUUUGAACUUAGUUUUGAAAAAAUUCACAAGGAUAUCGUCGUAAAUUCAUACAUACCAUUUGUCAUGGAAGAAGCAGAAGCUUUGCAAAAUUCAAAGAAAGAUUUGCUAAUCCACUCGUGUAAUGGGGCUGGGGGGCCUUGGUCACCGACUAUUCUAGAGCAUUCAUCAACAUUCGAGACAUUGGCAAUGGAGCCUGCUGCUAAAAAAGCUCUGAUGGAUGAUUUGGAUUUGUUUGUCAAGAGAAGAGAAUAUUUUAAGAGAGUAGGAAGGGCCUGGAAGAGAGGCUACUUGUUGUACGGGCCUCCGGGGACAGGGAAAUCCAGCUUGGUAGCCGCGGUGGCUAAUUACUUAAAAUUUGAUAUCUAUGAUUUGCAGCUCUCGAAUGUGAACAGUGAUUUUAUGUUAAGGAAUGUACUGAUGGGGAUUAAGAACAGAUCCGUUCUAGUGAUCGAAGAUAUUGAUUGUAGCAUUGCGUUGCCAGACAGAAGUAUUCCAGCAAAUAGUGCUAGACCUAAACAAGAUCCGAAGAUUACACUAUCAGGACUAUUGAAUUUCAUAGACGGGAUGUGGUCGAGCUGUGGAGAUGAGAGGAUUAUAAUCUUCACAACCAAUCACAAGGACAGACUUGAUCCAGCAUUGUUGCGUCCAGGACGGAUGGACAUGCACAUUCACAUGUCUUAUCUUACGAUGAAUGGUUUCAAAACAUUAGCCUCCACCUAUCUGGAAAUCAAUCACCAGCACUGGCGUUUCAGGGAGAUAGAAGAGCUAUUAGGAAGCGUUGAAGCAACGCCUGCUGAAGUUGCUGAGGAACUAAUGAGGACAUGUGAUGCUGAUGCUUGUCUCCGAGGACUUGUCAAUUUUCUCAAGGACAAGAAGAGGAAAAGGACUAUUGUUGAAUCCGGGGAGGAUGCGAGUCCUGGAGCUGAAACCACGGAUGGGGAUGACACGACUCCUGGAGUUGAACUCAUCCCAAAGGCCAAGAAAAUUAAAACGAAUGGCUUGCAGGAUGUUUUUUGUCACAAGUGAGGGGCUAUAAUGGUCGCAGAGAUUAAAUCUUCUGAUUUUGUUAUUCGCAUAAUUUCUAUGUAAUGUUUUGAAUAAUUUUAUUAAAUCUCGACUGUUUUUCUCACUGUCUUAUUCAACAUUGUACUUAAA